AUGUUCAUGGACAAGAACAGUACUCCUUUAUCCAAGAAACCAAACAAGAAAAAAACCAGGCCACAGGGUUUGCCUUCUCCAGCUCUUUGCUGUGCCUGUGGGCUCUGCAUCAUGCUAGCAGGUAUUAACAUCACCCUGGUAGGAGCAUUUGCUUUUGGGACCUUCCUGCCUGUCAAUAACCCUCCCAUUGUCAUUGGUCCCAUCCUUCUGGUGGUGGCUUUCACUUUCUUUGGAGCUUGUUGCAUUUGCAGCCGAAGGCCACCUGCUCACACCACAAGAAAAUUCAAGCCAGGAGCCAAUAUUGGACUCAUCAAGCCUGGGAACACAGCCUUUGAAAUCGAAACCAGUGAGCACACUGUGCAAGACACAACAGCUGUGCAGUUGAGCCCAACCAACUCUCCAAUGUCUUCCAAAAAGUCCACUCCGAUCCAUGAGAAUUCUAAAGCCUGUACACUUUUUACAAUGGACAGCAAUGGUCCAGUUGCAAAAUAUACAGCAGGGGGAGAAUCGAUACAUCUGAAUUUGCCCAGGGACGUUGCCAUGUCAUAA